GAGCUUAGCUUUCGAACCAGUCUCGAACGUACCGAAACUGAACAUGUUUGUGAACAAGCCAGACAUCGACGACCAAGCCAAGUUGUAUUGUCGGCGAGUUCCCGAGCUCACAUCAGAUCCUCAACCAGUAAACCAAACCCCCCUCCUACCGAGACAGACGUUCCCAAUUCAUCUGAAUCUGAUCUGGGCCGGUUCGUCGAAGACGAAGAAGUAGGGCAAGGUCAUGUUCCCUGGCUGGCCUACACUCAGUACAUCCUCGCCAGAGGUUGGCUUACAACCCUUGUGGC